CCUUUUUUCUACCUAUCGCCUCCGAAUGAGUAGUGCGACCGAUCAAAUCUUCAUAAAUGCCGCUGGCAAUGUCAUUGGCGGACCAGCAGCAGGUUACGCCGCUGUGCGGUUAUACAAGUUUACUUCUUCCUCGUACCACCGUGGUAGGGGCAAGGACUACAUGAGCGAUAUGCUGAAGUACAUGUCUGAUAGCAAGGAGUACCUCUCAGUUGUAGAACUCGAGGAGCUCACUUCUAUGAAGAAAGAUGCCUCCGCAGCGGAAGCGAAAUCGGAGGAUCGUGUUGCACUAUCGAAGUUUCGAAGAUGGCGAGCCUCCCGAGAGUUCCACCAGUAUGCCAAGGCUGGGGAAUCUAAAGCCAGGUCACUGUCAGAAAAUGCGAAACACUCCUACUUACAGCGCCUGACAGAGCAACGAAAAGUAGAAGCUGAAGCCGCCGUCCAGCAAGCCAACAUUUCACCACCCGAGCGAGCACAUAUUGUGUCAGAAUCAGUUACUCGGCCGCCCGACUCCUGUAUUAUCGCACAGCGCUCAAACGAUGAUCUACAACGAAGCAACUCACGCCCACCCUCACGAACUAAGAGAAGCGUUAGAUUCAGGGACCCCGAAGACCCGUUCCGUACUCCUACCGCAUCAACGGUGAGCUUGUCGUCGAGGCUCACAGCUACCUCUGGGACGGUCUUUGAUUCCGACUUGUUUUCUUCCGCGGUUUGGACUCGGCCUUGAAGGCACCAGGUUCUUGCCACUAUCUAGCCUUACGAAUUCUCUCUCAAUUUGAGUCCUGUAGCUAUGACUCGGAUGCUGUAUUUAUAUACCCUUGUUCAAUCGUUUUGAAUUGACGGUCGUCAUCA